GUGCAGGGUCAGCCUGGGGUUCUGGCAGCUGGCCCCGGCCCCGAGAGCCCCCUGGAGCCUGUGGAAGAUGCCGGAGCAGAGCAAUGACUACCGAGUGGUGGUGUUCGGGGCAGGCGGCGUGGGCAAGAGCUCGCUGGUGCUGCGCUUUGUGAAAGGCACCUUCCGAGACACCUACAUCCCCACCAUUGAGGACACGUACCGGCAGGUGAUCAGCUGCGACAAGAGCGUGUGCACCCUGCAGAUCACCGACACGACGGGCAGCCACCAGUUCCCGGCCAUGCAGCGCCUGUCCAUCUCCAAGGGUCACGCCUUCAUCCUGGUCUUCUCGGUGACCAGCAAGCAGUCGCUGGAGGAGCUGGGCCCCAUCUACCGGCUGAUCGUGCAGAUCAAGGGCAGCGUGGAAGACAUCCCUGUCAUGCUGGUGGGCAACAAGUGCGACGAGACGCAGCGCGAGGUGGACACGCGGGAGGCGCAGGCCGUGGCCCAGGAGUGGAAGUGCGCCUUCAUGGAGACCUCCGCCAAGACCAACCACAACGUCACCGAACUCUUCCAGGAGCUGCUGACGCUGGAGACGCGACGCAGCAUGAGCCUGGGCAUCGAUGGCAAGCACGCCGGCAAGCAGAAGAGGACAGAGCGCAUCAAGGGCAAGUGCAUUCUCAUGUGAGCGCCGCCCCCGCCUCCACACACCGCCACCUGCGCCGCCCCGCCGCAACCACGCCCUCCGCCCGUCCAUGCGUCGUCCGUCCGUCGGGCCUCCGCCCUCUCUGUACCUGGAAGCCCAGAGCUCCAGGCGAUCGCCCCCCCACCCCGCGUGUUGUGCAGACGGGAGCACUGGGAGUCGGAACGGUGACUCGGAGCACCCUCCGGGCGGCACCGAGGAAGAAAGGCCUGGCCACCUGCCCUUGCGAGAGGACUGCAGCCUAGGGUGCCCCAGGGACAGGCGGGCUCCGUUGCCUCCAUCGCCCGGGGCGCGUGGGAGCUGAACGCGGACCUGAAGGGCGCCCCGCAGAUGGGAACGUGGCCCACCCGUGCGGCCCGGUCCUGAGUGGACUAGCUCCACCUCCUACCUGCCCCCUCCCCAGCUCUCCCCACCCCGCAAACACCUUUCUCCAUCUCUGCCUCCUCCUGUGCCCUCCGCAUCUGAUCACUGUGACUCUUCGGCGAGCACGGAGCUGAAACACACCCUCCGAUCCUU